CGGGGCGCCACCGGCGGACGUUGACGACGGCGACGGCGGCAGGCGGGAGGCCGCGCCUGCCCGGUGGUCGUCGGGGACGGCGAGAGCUGGGGCCGCGACGCAGGCGGAGCCCUGAGGCGGCCCAGUCCCGGCUAUGGCCGCGGCCACCAUCGUGCACGACACGUCGGAGGCCGUGGAGCUGUGCGCGGCGCACGGCCUGUACCUGAAGCCGAUCACCAAGAUGAGCAUCAGCGUGGCUCUGCCGCAGCUGAAGCAGCCGGGCAAGUCCAUCUCCAACUGGGAGGUGAUGGAGCGGCUCAAGGGCAUGGUGCACAGCCACCAGUUCUCCACGCUGCGCAUCUCCAAGAGCACCAUGGACUUCAUCCGCUUCGAGGGCGAGGUGGAGAACCGCAGCCUGGUGAAGGCCUUCCUGGCCUGCCUGGACGGCAAGACUAUCAAGCUGAGCGGCUUCUCCGACAUCCUCAAGGUGCGCGCCGCCGAGUUCAAGCUCGACUUCCCCACGCGCCACGACUGGGACUCGUUCUUCCGCGACGCGAAGGACAUGAACGAGACGCUGCCCGGCGAGCGGCCCGACACCAUCCACCUGGAGGGGCUGCCCUGCAAGUGGUUCGCGCGGCGCGAGGCGGGCUCCGAGAAGCCCAGCGAGGACGUGCUGGUGCGCGUGUUCCAGAGGUUCGGCGAGAUCCGCAACGUGGACAUCCCCAUGCUGGACCCGUACCGCGAGGAGAUGACCGGCCGCAACUUCCACACCUUCAGCUUCGGCGGCCACCUCAACUUCGAGGCCUAUGUGCAGUACCGCGAGUACGCGGGCUUCAUCCAGGCCAUGAGCGCGCUGCGCGGCAUGAAGCUCAUGUACAAGGGCGAGGACGGCAAGGCUGUGGCCUGCAACAUCAAGGUUUCUUUCGAUUCGACCAAGCACCUGAGCGACGCGUCCAUCCGGAAGCGGCAGCUGGAGCGGCAGAAGCUGCAGGAGCUGGAGCAGCAGCGCGAGGAGCAGAAGCGCAGGGAGAAGGAGGCGGAGGAGCGGCGCCGGGCGCAGGAGAGGAAGCAGAAGGAGCUGGAGGAGCAGGAGCGCGAGCGCAAGCGCGAGGAGAAGCUGCGCAAGCGGGAGCAGAAGCAGCGCGACCGCGAACUGCGGCGGAGCCAGAAGAAGCUGGAGCGGCUGCAGGCGGAGGAGCAGAAGAAGCUGCAGGAGAAGAUCCGGCUGGAGGAGCGCAGGCUGCUGCUGGCCCAGCGCAACCUGCAGUCCAUCCGGCUCAUCGCGGAGCUGCUGAGCAGGGCCAAGGCGGCCCGGCUGCAGGCGCAGGAGCAGCAGGAGGAGCGGCAGCGGCUGCAGCGGCAGGAGGAGCGGCGGCGGCUGCAGGAGGCUGAGCUGAGGCGUGUGGAGGAGGAGAAGGAGCGCGCGCUGGGCCUGCAGCGUAAGGAGCGCGAGCUGCGGCAGCGCCUGCUCAGCAUCCUGCUCAGCCGCAAGCCUGAGGACGCGCGGCCGCCAGAGGCGCUGCUGCAGCCGGUGCUCGACAUCCUGCACACCGUGUCGGCCGCCGCGCUGCACCCCAAGGAGGCCGAGCGCGCGCCGCGGGGACUGAACGGCGGUCUGGAGGACGCGGCGGCGCGCGGGGAGCCCCCGGGGCCCGGCUCCCCGGAGCAGGAGGAGAAGCAGCGCUGCCCCGCUGUGCUCGCCUGCAUCCCCGACAACCAGCAGGACGGCAGCCAGCAGCCCAAGGGGCCCCCGGCCGGCGAGCAGGGCGCGGCCAGGAGGGAGGCAGGAUCGGAGCAGGACAAGUGCAACCGCGAGCCCAGCCGGGGCAAGGUCGGGGUCGGGGUCGGGGUCGGGGUCGGGGUCGGGGCGCCGCGCGAGCGCAGCCGGGCCCGCAGCCGGGAGGACCGGACGCCGCGCAAGGAGCGCCGUGGGCACAAGAAGCAUGCCCACCGGGACGCAGGGAGCCCUGGCCGGCGCAGCGGCAGCCCCCGGGGGUCGCGCAGCCGGGACCGGCGCCGGGAGCGGAGCCGCGAGCGCAGGGCCAGCGCGGGCCGCAAGCGCAGCCGCCACCGUCGCCAGGGCGAGCGGUCGCGGUCCCGGUCCCCCAGCCGCCAGCGCAGCGCCUGGAACAGGUAAUGAAGGGCAGGAGCCGCCUGGACCGCAGGCCCCGGACCCGGACCGCCCCACCACCGAGCCUCGCUUGCCUCCCGGCCUCUGCCCGCCCCGCCCCGGGCCAAGAGGAGACGCUGCCUGCGGGGCUCUGGUUUCCCUGCUGCCCUGAGAGACUCCGGCGUGGGAGGGCAGCUGGGCUCCGCCUGCCCCUCCAGCCCGAGCCGCCCAGCCAGGACUCCUCCUCUGUCCUGGCGGGGCCCAGGCCCGGCCCGCCCCGCCCUUCCGCGUGUGCCCGGCGGCGUCCACUCCAGCUCGCGUUUCUGUGGCGAAAUAAAGUCCUUUUGCAGUGAG